AUGCAGAUGUUAGUUUAUGAGUUAAUGCCUAAUGGCACCCUGAGGGAUCACCUAUCUGGGAUGUCUUCAGAGUAUUUAAAUUUUGUUAUGAGAACAAGUAUUUUGUUGGGCUCAGCCAGGCAUACAGAAGCUGAUCCUACUAUAUUUCAUCGAGAUAUCAAGACCAGUAACAUUUUAUUGGACCAGAAACUGACUGCCAAGGUUGCUGACUUUGGACUAUCACGACUUGCUCCGGUCCCUGAUAAGGAAGGACUUCUGCCUGAAUAUGUAUCUACAGUUGUUAAGGGUACUCCGGGGUAUCUUGAUCCAGAGUAUAUGUUAAGUGAUAAGCUGACUGACAAAAGUGAUGUUUAUAGCCUUGGUGUUGUAAAUUUGGAGCUCUUGACAGGGACGCAACCUAUCUCAAAUGGCAAAAACAUUGUCCGUGAGCUCAACAAUGCAUAUCAAUCUGGGAUGAUAUUUUCGGUCAUUGAUAAACAAAUGGGGUCAUAUUCUUCUGAAUGUGUGGAAAAAUUUGUUUCUUUAGCCCUCAGUUGCUGCCAAGAAGAUACCUAUGCCCGGCCUUCGAUGGCAGAAGUGGUUCGGGAACUUGAAAAAAUAUGGUUCAUGAUCCCUGCGUCAGAUACCAGAACAACAGAUUUGACAAACUCUGAUCCUCGGAAUACUAUACUUGCACAAUCUUCAUCCUGUCAAACCGAAGAAGUCUCUGGGAGUGAACUUGUUAGUGGUGUGAUUCCCACAAUUACACCUAGAUGAUAUUGCUGCUUUCUUCUUCCUCCUCCCUUGGAUCAAACUUUGGUUCACUAAUUAUGUGCAGUGAUCUAUAGCAUUG